CCUACCAGCCCUACCAGCGCCACCAGUCCUACCAGUGCCACUAGUGCCACAAGUCCAACCAGCGCUACCAGUGCCACGAGUGCACGCCACCAGUCCUACCAGCGCCACAAGUGCCACCAGCGCAACAAGCCCAACUAUCCUACCAGUCCUACCAGUGCCACUAGUGCCACAAGUCCAACCAGCGCUACCAGUGCCACGAGUCGCCACCAGUCCUACCAGCGCAACAAGCGCCACAAGUGCCACCAGCGCAACAAGCCCAACUAG